CAUCACACACACAUUUUGGACUUGAAGUUUAUAGGUCACCAAUUACCAUUGGCGGUCUUUCCGAAAAAUCUGCAAAUUGUAGAAAAUGGGUCGUCGUUCGGUGAAUACUACAAAAAGUGGGAAGUUUAUGAACCCAACAGACCAAGCGAGAAAAGAAGCGAGAAAACGGGAAUUGAAGAAAAACAAAAAACAACGCAUGGCUGUGCGUCAUGCAGUGCUUAAAUCCAAAGACCCUCUACAAUUAUUAGAAGAAACGACUCUCUAUGAUAAACAAGAGUACGAUCCCAGUGUUCAAGCUCAACUCAGUGAAAGGGUCAUUCAGGAAAAACGCCGAAAGCUGUUGGAAACGUUCGACCGUCUUGUUAUGUUAUACAGGAAAGAAGAUGCAGAAUAUGCCAACCGGCUUCAAGCAGCUCGUCAAGACUACGACAAAAGACGGCAUGAGAUGAUGCUUUAUUACGAACAAGUAAAGUUAGCUGAAAGAGUAAAAGCUAGUGAAAUUCCGCUCCCAAAACUGCCGCAAUCACAGAUGGGUCUUAUAACGUCCGACAUACCAUUGCCUCCUGGAGGUUACGCUAAAGGUAUUCUGAAGAAGUCAUUAGGAGCUCCAGGGCUUCCACCUAGUAUACUUCCUGCAGGUCGUAAGCCGCCUGGACCACCUCCAGGAACACCUCCUGAAUUGUCAGAUAGCGAAGAAGAAGAUAAUUUUGCUGAUAAUACGACAAAGCAACGCAAAAUCCGGUUUGUUGAUGCAGACCCUAUGCCGGAGCAAGAAGAACUAAUUGGUGAUUCAUCUCUUCAUCUCGGCGAGAAAUUCACCGGUGGAUUUACUAGUAUUACUCCUCCACUCUCUCAAAUCCCUUUACCACCACCCAUGGCUUUACCAUCCUUUACUGGUCUUAUUCGUCCAGGAUUUCCGGGAGCACCUCAGCCCACUCUAAGUCGUUUCUCUUACCAACGCCCCACUGGGGCUAUACUAUCAGCUCCACCCAGUUUGCACCUUCGUGAUCCACUUGAUAAUGCUGAACUUGUAAGUGGUCCAGCUGUAGCGAGCAUUCCAACAAAUCAACCAAAUCCAAGUGGAACUACUAUAGAAGCAAAGCCCCAACUGAAAAAUUUAAUAGGUGACGCAACACGUUUUGUCCCUACAGCGCUUAAAGUACGUAGAAUUGUUCGUGAUACUAGUGGUCGUCUAGUCACUACAGGUGGAGGGACAGCUGCAUAUGGAACAGGAAAACAAUCGAAUGCUGUUUAUGAUCGUGUUGCCAAAUCUGAUACUACAGGAAUUAAUUCUGGAUCAGCGACUAGCAAAGAUGAUGCAUAUGAAGAGUUUAUGCGUGAAAUGGAAGGCCUUAUAUGAGAACAGUUUUCAGACUCCAUGUAUAGUUUUAUCUUAUUUUGAAAUUAUCUUUCAUAUACUGUAUAUUUCAAUGCGUCUUUUUACUCAUAUCUAUCUGAAGCAAACAUUUUUCAUUGAAUUAAUCGUAAAUCAAUUGUUCACAUGUUUCAAAUUAUGAACACAUGUUUCCAUCGAAAAUUCUCGAUAGAUACCAUUUAUUAUCGUAGAAUUAUACUCUGCUCAGUGAGACUUAUCAAAACUAUCAUCCUAAUUGCGUACUAGGUUGUUUCUAAAUAUAUAUACCACAAUAUUAAAUCAGUUUAUUUGAAGUACAUUUUUUGUUCAUCUUAUACGCAAAUAUUCAAAUAUAUGUCUGUAUAUG